CCCAGUACCGGCGAUCAUAAAUAAUUUUUAUUUCAUAUGGGUAUUAUAUAGAUAUAUAUGAGAUAGUUUACUGUUUAGCACCUCAGCGGGGCCGGUAGUGGUCACGUGCGUCGAAUCCUAAUGGCUAAUACUCGGUAACGAAUAACGAUAAUUUAAUUUAUGAUAAUCCCGAGAAUUAUCCUACUUCGUUCUAGUAAUUUACCUGUUACUACACAAUAUGAUGACCGUUUUUUGAUUAUUACACCGUCGUUUUUCCCAUUAAAUUAUUAUUAAAUUCAAUCAUGUCUAAGGCUCUUGUAAGUUUAGUCACAGGAGCCGCUUCCGGAUUAGGAAAAGCCACUGUUGAACGACUGGUAAAAGAUGGAUACAAAGUAAUAAUGUGUGACUUACAAUCAUCAAAAGGAAAAAGUGUUGCUGAAACAAUUGGUCCCAACACUAAUUUUGUUCCUACUGAUGUACGAUCUGAAACUGAUGUUCAGAAUGCUAUUGACACAUGUAAACAACUCCAUGGAAAAUUAGACUUGAUUGUCAAUUGUGCCGGUAUAAGUAUCGCACGCAAAGUAUUUAAUUUCAAUAAAAGCAGUGCCCAUAGCUUAGAAGAAUUUACUGAUGUACUUAUGGUAAAUACUGUAGGCAGUUUCAAUGUUAUCCGAUUAGGUGCCGCCUUGAUGGGAAAUAAUGAAACUGAUGAAAAUGGUCAACGAGGAGUAGUGAUCAAUACAUCAGGAUAUUCGGCUUAUGAUGGGCAAAUGGGCCAAGUUGCUUUUGCAGCCAGCAAAGGAGCUAUUGCUGCAAUGACAUUACCUCUUGCAAGAGAUUUGGCAUCACAUGGCAUUAGACAUUGUUCGAUAGCUCCAGGACUGUUUGACACUCCAUUAUUAAAUCAUUUACCAGACAAAGUUAAAAACUAUUUUGCUGAUAUGACUCCAUGUCCCAAAAGAUUAGGACAACCUGAAGAAUUUGCAAAUCUUGUUUUAAGCAUUGUCAAUAAUCCAUUUCUAAAUGGAGAAGUUAUUAGGAUAGAUGGUGGAAUCCGAUUUAUUUAAAUCAUUUGUAGUACUCAUAAUAUAUUUUAAGUUUGUACUUCUAUAUAUUAUAAUAUUUUUUAUGUUUAAUUUUAGUAGUCAUCAAUAAAUAGUUGGUAAAAUAAAAUAUAUUUAUAAUUUAUAA